GGAAAGCAGAGGAAACCUGAUCUGCCUGUAAUGUGAUGUAUCCACUACUAGUGGUACCGUUUUCAUUUGAAGUCGCUGAACCUGAGGAAAUCUACACCUGUACUAGCAGUGUUGCCACUUGUUACGAUUUUUAUGUAAGAAUGUCUGUGGCAACAAUGGAUCGCUUUUUAAUUAUUGUUUUAAGCCAAUGAUAGGGGGGCCAGGUGAACGAUUUCAGCAGAUUUUACCUUUGCUUGAUCAUUGAUGAAGCGUAUUUGUAUUUAUCAGAAACACUUUAUUGUUUAGAUUAGAUAUUACGAGAAAUUUUGUGAAGAAGGCUAGUUAGUUCAAAGAAAGACAAUGUCAACAGAUAGAUUUCACAAAGCUGCAAAAGACGGAGUCCUAGAAAUCCUAAAAGAAACAACCAGCAGAGACUGCAAUGGACGAGACGAACAAGGAAUGACCCCAACCCUUUACGCGGCCUUUUACGGAAAUUUAGAGGCUCUAAGACUAUUAUGCGGUAGAGGAGGAGAUCCUGACAAAGCAGAUUUAUUCGGCAAUACAGCUCUACACUUGGCAGCAGCCCAAGGCCACAUGCGCAUAGUAACAUUUCUUGUCAAUUUCGGAGCAAACAUCUACAACACCGACAUAGACGGUAGAAUCCCUCAAGAAUUAGCCGGCAUCAACGGUAGAGAAGAUAUUUUGCGAUUCCUUGACGGAGUCACUGCCAAACUAGAAGCCAGCGACAAAAGGAAAGUAAAAGCGAUGAAAGAAAAAGCAAAAGAAAACGCAAAAAAACGCCUAAAAAACUACAACAAGCACAAAGCCAAAACGGAACAAAUCGAAAGAAGACAAACUAAAGAGUACAAACCUUCAAUGAUCAACACAAUAAAAGCCCGAAUUAAAAGUGGCUCGAUGUCAAACUUAUCAAACCUACCCCCUGAAAGACGCAACACUUUCAGUAAUCUUGUUAUGGGAGGCACAGUAAAAGGUACAAAAACAAUGGGCACAGUCCAAAGAAGAAUACUGGCCAACAAAAAUAACGAAUUCAAAAUAUCCACAAUCGAAAAUGGGAAAACCUCGAUAUCGAAAGUCACAGGCAUCAGACGAGAUUCUGAAGUUAUUUUUGGGGGGACUUUGCAAAAGUCCGCCUUUGAGCCUCACCAAAGGGGUCGUUUAGAUGGGCUUUUCAAUGAAGCUGAGCAGUUGAAUAGUAAACCAAUUCCACCGCCGAUGAUUAGAAGCAUUUCGCAGCCUGAUUUUUUGGCUGAGCUUCAGAAGAAUGGAGACAAGCCUUUGCAAGAGAAUUCUAGUAUUUUUAUACGGCCUGGUAUGGGAAGUAUUGUAAUUAGGAAAAGUUUGAAUUCUUUUGGCUCGUUUUAUCAAAAUGGAAGUCGACCAGAAGAAAGUUCUAUUGGGUCUGGAGAAAGCUAUACGCAAAGGAUUACUACAGAUGAUGAACUUUCAGGUGGUGAAGAUUCUGAAGAUGAAGACCCCAACGCCCCAAUCCAAAGAUUUCUGACAGCUUUCGGCCUUGGCGACUACCUUUCCCGAUUCAACGAACAAAAAAUCGACUUGGAAACUUUACUUAUCCUAACCGAAGCCGACCUCAAAAGUCUCAACUUGCCACUAGGCCCUUAUAGAAAGCUGGUAAACGCAAUCAACGAAAGGAAGGCUGCUUUUGAAAGUCCCGGCGAAGUCAUUGAUAGUGCUUUGUAAAGCUAAAUAAAUAUUUUUAGGUUUCACAAGAUUUUUAUUAAUGAACAUCAAAGAGUAAUUAGUAAUACAAAAACAAAAAUUAUUAAAUACUUACUUAUUCCUGACGGCAUAAAGUAGCAUCUAUUUGUUUCAAAGAAGGAGCAAUUAAAGUUAGUUUUCUACGAUACAUUGGAUCAGCUGCUACAGGGUUGCGUUCUAAAUACACAGUCGCCAGUUUGCUGUGAACUGCAAGAUUGUUAACAGAGUUCCAGUCUGUUAUUGCGUUGUCGUUUAGCUGAAAAUCAUAAUUUAGUAGCAGUUUAUUAAACAAGUUUUAAGUUGUUUUACCCAAAAUUCUUCUAAACUCUGCAAGCCUUCAGUGUUUUCUAUAAGACUUAUUUGGUUUUGGGCCAAAUCAAGUGUCUGUAGUUUUUUUAAGUUGUUUAGGUUUUCAAUUUUACUGAUAGCAUUCUCAGAAAGGUACAAUUCUGUUAGGUUUUCUAGGUUGUCGAGGUUUUCUAUUUUAGUUAGCCUGUUACUUUGCAGGCUUAAGCAAUCUAGAUUAGUUAAAUUAUCCAAAUUUUUGAUUUCAGUUAUUUUGUUUUUGCCCAAAAAUAAAAACUUUAACGAAGUAAGGGUUUCUAGAUUUUCAAUUUCCUAA